AAGAAAUAGUGAUCGAUUCAGCGGAGUAUAAGUACGCUGCUAACUUGUGCCCAUUUACAUUGCUCUUUCAAGCUCACAGCUAGCGCAUCAAUCAAUAUUGCGCGGUGACUAGCAAUCUCUUAGAUCUUUGUGAUUUGUCCGGGAGAGAGUGUUUGGAAGGUUGAGCAGCGAUGGCGAUCUCCGCAGCGGCGUACACCUUGACGGUGGUGCUUUGCAUAUGCAGCUUGCAGUUGCUGGUUGCUGGGGCCGGGCCAGAGACGUUGAAAUUGACAUUCUACGCACACGAGACCCGUGGAGGACCGAAUGCGACUCUCUUGCCUGCUGCCGGAACGGGGCAAGGCAACUUCAGCGCGCUUGGAUGGGGUAGUUUCAUGGUGUUUGACAACAGGUUGAAGGAAGGAGCGGCUGCGGACAGCAAGCUAUUGGGCAGAAUCACGGGAUCCGGAGCACUGACCACCAUCGGAGGACUUCCAACCGGAGGUGUACAGGUGACGAGCAAGUUUUGGUUCGGUGAGGGAUCGAAGUAUCCUGGCUCCAGCUUCACUUUGGUGGGCACCUUGUCUUAUGGCCCGGCUCCCUGGGAAUUGAUCGUUAUCGGCGGAACUGGAUACUUCCGGGGAUUCUCGGGCUACGGACUGUCAGCGCCAGAGAAUUCGACUACGGUGCCUCCUCUGUUCGUGUACAAGUGGAAUUUUCACCUCACCAAGCAUUUUUAAGUGAUUGCUUGUUAGGGCGAGGAUCAAGAACGUGCAGCUGCGAGCAGAAUGUCUCAGCGGCACAUCAGUGAGAAACAUGUCAAGAGAGGACUGAUUUGUUUGAGGUUUGAGUUACGCCACGCCCUUGGCAUUUCCCUCUCAUCUGAGCUUACGGGGGUGAGGGCCCCUCGUAAAGUAUUGAUUGCAAUAACGCUUUUAUGUAAACAGCCUGAGUAAGGUUUUCACAUUUUGUGAAUAAUAAGGAAAAUUCCACCAAAAUUGGAUUUCACCAGA